GCUCAAGGCGCUUCCGCCUGUGAUUCGACGCUGCCCCUUUUUCGGUGGCUCCGCAGGGCAGGCAUGGGUGAAAGAAGACAUACCAUUUUGUUAGUGCAGUUUGAUGAUUCAAAAGACGCAAAGACCUAUAUGGAUUAUCCUGGAGUUCGAGAGGCCAUGGAUGGUGUUUGCCAACUCUAUGAGCAAAGCCUCAAGGCAAUGAAUCCGGGCCUACGGAGCACCACCUACGAUGUGAACGACCUGUUCAGCUUCGUGGAUGCUGUGAAGGACCUGAGUUGCUUGGUGUUCAACCCCAGAUCGAACGCAUAUGUGCCACACAACAAGGACUGGAUCAAGGUUGAGGUCUUCAACCAUCUGAAGUCGCAAGUGAAGUCCUGAGAUGGAAGCAUGAAGAAACAACAUUUGGAAAAUGAUGGCC